CUAACUUUCCUAAAUUAUACUAACAUUCCUCACCCUCUUUCUCUUCCACAGGAUGAGUCCUUCCUGUUUGAAGAUAAGCUGCAGAGUCUAGCUUCGAAAACCGUUCAGGGAUGCUACAAGAAGAAUGAAUUUGUCCUGUGCGUGUUAAAGUGUUAAUUACAAUCAUCUCAACCUAGAUAAUUUCGGUUCAUUUAAAUCUGAAUUCGGAAGCACUACAGGAAGAAGGAGGAAAGCUGAGCCUCCUAAACCAGACAAAGAGAAUGUGGCACCUGUUCAGAUUAAUACUCUAUCAGGCUCUGGCACUCUCAAUUCUACACAGAAUGCAGGGAUUCAUACUGCUACUACUACCACUCCACAUUCUCAGACCUGUCACCGUACGCUCUCAAGUACUCAAUGCAUUCCUAUCCGUAAUAUAUUCAAUGAUAUCAGUAAUGCUGUCACACCUCUUUCUAAUAUAUCAAACCAAGGGAGUUCAAAAAUGUCGAGAAAGGGUUGGAGUACAAACAAAGAUGUUGUCCCAUUCUACUUGAAAUCUCCUACUGUUAACUUGAAUGGAAGGGAUGCUUCCAUAAGUCCUGAACCUGCAUUUAAUUCUGGUACCAUCCCUGUAUCUGCAGUUUGUAAUACUCCUUUCAAUUUGACAAAUGUUAUGAAAUUGAAUCAAGGACUUUGUACCACAGGGACUCAGAAGAGGAGUGCAAAGAGAAGGAAAGGUGUUGACGAAAAUGUGCUUCCACAACACCCUUCAAAUUCAUUAAAUCAUUUGAACUCUCCAGUUUUGAAUUUCGAGGAAAGAUCGGCAUCAUGCAUGACUGAUCAAGCUGCAUCUAUUUCUACAAGGCCUCCACUUUCCGAUGUUUCUAAUACUGCUGUCAACAUUCACAGUAGAAUGGAUCAGAAUGAAGGAGAUAAAGAGGAUUAUGGACCCAUGAGACAAGUUAAAGCUAAAAAAUCAAAGACUAGGAUCCCUCCCACAGACAAAGAAGGGACCAGCAGACAAUUAUUUGGUAUACGUCAACUGAACGAUGAUGCCACUAUAGAGCAUUCUGCAAUUGCAUCUGUCUUGGAAGAUGCUGAUCAACUUUUUAAUCAAAAUGGUUGUGAGACUGAUUAUGCUGAACCUGAAGUGGUAGAUAAUGUUGUUUUGCCUGCCGUGCAAAAAGCUCUCAGAUGUAACACUGGAUAUGUGUCUUUGGGGCCACCUACAGAAUGUUGCUCCAAAUGCAAGGCUCUUAUGUGGAAAGAAGAACGUGUGAAUAAAACUGUGAAGAAUGGUACACCUGAGUUCAGUUUAUGUUGUUCUAAAGGUCAGAUCAAGCUGCCUGAAACACCUCCAACUCCUUCAUACCUGUUAAAUAUUUACAAUGAUCCAGUGAAGGGCAAACGCUUCCGAAAUCAAAUUCGUUUGUAUAAUACCAUGUUUGCAUUCACUUCUAUGGGCGGUAGAGUGGACCACUCUAUAAACAACGGCUCAUCUCCUUAUGUAUACCGUCUUAAUGGACAGAACCAUCAUCUCUUUGGUUCUCUCAUACCUAAUGAAGGUGAGGACCCCAAGUUCUGUCAAUUAUACAUAUACGAUACCGAUAAUGAAGUGGAGAACAGGCUGAAAUGGGUCAGUGUUUCGGAUGGUAAAACUGUUGAUGUGGAGAUUGUACAAGGUCUGUUGGCUAUGUUGGAUGAAACAAACGAACUCACAAAAUACUUUCGUAUGGCCCGGGACAGAUUCAAAGAACAGCCUGUGCAGGAUCUGAAGAUCGUCAUGAAAGUGUGUCGUAGUGUAACUGGCCGUGAGAAUUUCAUAGGGCCAUCAAAUGAGGUAGGAGCAAUUAUGGUUGGAGACUUAGAAGACACAUGUGGUGAGCGAGACAUCAUUGUUGAGACAAAGAGCAAGGUUCUUGAAAGAAUAUCUGACAUACACCCUAAGUUGAUGGCCCUACAAUACCCUCUUUUGUUUCCUGAAGGUGAAGACGGAUACCAUGAUGACAUCCCUUAUGUGCAAUCUGGAAAACAUGUUGCCAAAAAGCGUCAGAGGAUAACAAUGAAGGAGUUUUACUCAUACAAACUGCAAUGCCGACUAAAUGAAGGUAAUACCCCUCGCUUGGGUGGAAGACUGUACCAGCAAUACAUCGUGGAUGCAUUUUCGGCCAUUGAACAGUCGCGCCUUUGGUGGUUUCGUACACACCAGACCACUCUCCGUAAUGAUUUAUACAGCAACAUUCAAAAGAGCAUACGAGAUGGUCAUCAAGAUACUUCUUCUGUUGGGAAAGGUUUCAUUUUGCCCGCUAGCUUUCUUGGUUCGAAGAGAUACAUGCAACAAAAUUUCCAGGAUGCACUUGCUAUUUGUCGCUACAUUGGUCACCCGGACAUUUUUUUGACUAUGACAUGUAAUAGUGCUUGGGAUGAAAUCAAAGAAAUGAUGAAGCUAUAUCCGGGUUGCAUGGCUGUUGACUCCCCCGAUGUCAUUGCACGCGUGUUCAAACUGAAGUUGGAUCAGAUAGUGGAGGACAUCAAAAACAAACAUUAUUUUGGUACAUGUAUUGCAAUUAUGUAUGUCAUAGAAUUCCAAAAACGUGGACUACCUCACGUCCAUAUGCUAAUAUGGCUCGACGCUGCUUCGAAGAGGAAACUCAAUGAUGAUGUUGAUAGUUUUGUAAGUGCUGAAAUACCUGAUCCAAUAAAAGAUCCAGUUGGUUAUGCAGCUGUUUCCUCAUUUAUGAUCCACGGCCCUUGUGGUUUCCAAAGGAAAAAUUCCCCCUGUAUGAAGGAUUCAAAGUGUACCAAAUACUUUCCAAAGAAGUAUUGUCCGGAGACAUAUUUUGAUCAAUCGGGAUUCCCUGUCUACAAAAGGCGCGACACUAAAAUUACUGUCCGGAAGAACAAUGUGGAUCUUGAUAAUCAAUUUGUCGUGCCUUACAACCGUGAUCUCCUGGUCAAAUAUCAAUGUCAUAUGAACAUUGAAAUUUGUUGCCACGCACGAACUCUCAAGUACUUAUUCAAGUACUGCCUCAAAGGACAUGAUCGUGCUACUGUCGAAUUGUCAACCAAGAAGAAGCAAGACACUGAUGACUCCAAGCCUAUCGAUGAGAUUCAAUCUUACUUUGACGGGAGAUACAUAUGUGGAUGUGAGGCUGCGUAUAGAAUUUUUGGAUUUGAUAUACAUUAUCGAUCCGUGUCUGUCCAUCGCCUCUCAUUUCAUUUACCAGGCAAUAAAAACUGCACUUUCAAGGAAGAUGAGAAUCUGCAAAAAGUUGUGCAGCGUGAAAAAUGGAAACUCAGUCAACUUGAGGCUUUCUUCAAACUAAACAAGGAUGAUCCAUCUGCUAGGAAAUACACUUAUGAUGAGAUUCCACAACAUUAUGUGUGGAAUGAAACUGAUCAUGUCUGGACAGUGAGGAAGAGAGGCCAGCAAAUCGGACGUUUGUUGUAUACACAUCAUAAUUCUGGAGAGAUUUGGUAUCUCAGGUUGUUACUGACCAAGGUUAGAGGUCCAACUUCUUUCAAUGCUCUUAAAACUGUACAUGGUGUGGUUUACAACACUUUUAAAGAUGCGUGUAGAAAACUGGGACUGCUUGACGAUGACAAUGAAUGGGACGAAGUAAUGGAUGAGUGUGCCAAGUGUGGAUUUCCUCCUCAAAUAAGAGAGCUUUUUGUUCAUAUCAUGAUCAACUGUCAAGUGACUGACCUAGGAAGUUUGUGGACAAAGCACUGGAAACACAUGGUCGAUGAUAUCAUUCUUCGUAAGAGACAGCAAUCUGGUAAUACAAACACUAAUUUCAGUGACAAGCAACUACAAUUUUAUGCAUUAGCAGAAAUAGACAAGAUCCUAAGAACGAUUGGAAAAUGUUUGAAGCAAUUCGGCCAAUUGCCACAGCCACCAGUGAGCUAUAUUCAAACUGAUGCAAACAAUUUGAUUGUUGAUGAAACCAGUUACGACAUAGAGGAAAUGGAGAGAGAGUUUCUCAAACUUCAUUCAAAUUGCAACCCUGAACAACUAUCAGUCUAUGAUGCCGUUUUUCAAUCUGUGACUGAAAACAAAGGAGGUGUUUUCUUUGUUUAUGGGAGCGGCGGCUGUGGUAAGACAUAUGUUUGGAAGACUCUAAUUUACAAGUUGAGAUCACAGGGAAAGAUUGUUCUGCCAGUGGCUUCCUCGGGUAUCGCAGCUACCUUAAUGCCUGGAGGAAGGACAGCCCACUCCCGUUUCAAGAUCCCAAUUGUAUUGGAUGAAUAUUCCUCAUGUGCAAUAAAUCUGAAUUCGGAUAUUGCUAAUCUAAUCAAGUGCACGAGUCUGAUUAUAUGGGACGAGGCUCCCAUGCAACACAGGUACGCAUUUGAAUGUCUAGACCGAUCACUGAGAGACAUAAUGAAAACUCUUAAUCCGGACAAUUUCAACAAGCCGUUUGGAGGUAUCACCGUUCUACUCGGUGGAGAUUUUCGGCAGAUAUUGCCAGUCAUCAACAUGGGAGGUCGUGCUGACAUUGUGGCUGCAUGCAUAACUCGGUCAAGAAUAUGGAAAGAGGCAAUCAUUUUCAUCUUAAAGCAAAACAUGAGACUUAACCAAGGACAGAAUGCUGAGGAAAAGGAGAAUUUACGCAAGUUUGCUGAAUGGGUACUUCAAAUCGGUGAUGGCAAGUUAUCUCCUCCAACUGAUGAAUUAAGUGUUGUUGAUGAAGAUUCAAUCAUGAUUCCAGCAGAUUUUUGUGAUCCAGAAACUGAAAACUCUGUUAAAAAUAUGAUUGAGUGGACGUAUCCCAGUUUUACCACAAACUUUCAAAAUCCUGCUUAUCUUAGUGAGAGAGCAAUAUUGACGCCGACCAAUGUCACUGUUGCUCACUUGAAUUCCAAUAUUGUUGAGACAAUUCCGGGAGAUCAAGCUUCUUACUAUAGUGUUGACAGAGCGGAGGAUUUUGGUGGCAGCGAUUCUGAUCUUAGUUUUGCAUUCCCCCCUGAAUAUAUCAACUCAUACAAUAUUUCAGGUCUUCCGCAUCAUGAACUGAAACUAAAGGUUGGCGUGGCUGUUAUGUUAAUGCGAAACUUAAACCAGACGCUUGGACUGUGCAACGGGACCAGAAUGAUGAUCACAAAGUGCCUGAAGCAUUGUGUUCAGUGUGAGGUAAUAUGUGGAGCAUUUGCAGGUACGAAACACUUUAUUCCAAGGAUGGAACUCUUUCCAACCGAAACCAAGCUACCGUUCAAGCUGAUUCGCAAGCAAAUGCCGCUGCAAAUUUGUUAUUCCAUGACGAUCAACAAAGCUCAAGGACAGUCUCUACAAAGAGUUGGUCUUUAUCUUCCGAAGUCAGUUUUUACACACGGACAAAUGUACGUGGCUGUAAGUCGGGUUACCUCGCCUGAAGGUUUGAAGAUGUUCAUUGAUUCUGAUCAUGGUGUUCCAACUAAUGUUACCAGAAAUGUAGUCUACCAAGAAGUUUUCUACAAUCUCCCUAAGCUGUAAUCUAAGCUGUUCUUUGCAAAUUAGAAUUUUAUAUCCUAAGUAUUGAAUGUUAAGACAUGAUUUAUUAGACAAUCCAAGACAAGGCUUAUUAGACAAUGCCUAUUAAUUUCUAAGCUGUUAAUUGUUUUGUUGGCUGUUAGUUGUUGUUUAUCUCUUAUCUAAAUGUAAAGAUGACUCACCCUCUCCAAAUUCUGUUACAGAGGAUUGUAGUCCCAGGAGACAAGUUCUUUGUCUAACAAAUGAAGGAGUAGAAUUCCUCCAUACAAAAACAAGGCACCACCAGACAAUUGAUCCAGUGUUUAGAUAAUCUUCUUCACCUAAUGUUACUUGAAAUUUUUCUGUAAAAUUUAUAUUCGAAAUGUCUCUGUCAAAUUUAAAAUGAUUCGACCAAACUGCAUUAAAAAACAAUGUGGAGGAGAUAGUACAUCUCAAUACAUACAGUCUGUAUUCUUCCAGUCAAACUUCCUAAUAUGGAAAGCAAUGACCACAUAAACAUGCACACUCCUUUUCAGGACAUGUACUAUAGUACUCAUUUUUGACAUGUAGUACUUCUUUUCAUCAAAGUAGUGUUCCUCGGUUUUAGAUUAUUAAAAUCUUAUAUCUUUCUUCCGAUUUACA